CAUACGAUUGGCUCUUGGGUGGUUGAGAGUUAGAGUUAAAAAAAAACUAUAUUUAUACGAUCUAAUCCAAAAUUAACUAAUUAUGAAUCAUGUCAGUCAUGAAAUCCUACGUAUAAAAUCAUCUUUCACAUCUUAAUUAUAACGUGCAGCCCCUUUGUCAAUCCACUGAUGAAUGGAGGCCUCCUCCCCACGCCGUGUCUGUCGGCCUUGGUGGUCGUUGAGCCUCGCGUCACGCUGGUCAGUGCAGGUUUGGCAAGGGAGGAGGGCUGCCACAACUACGGUAGUUCCGCUCGCCACUGCUGUGUUAGCCUUUGCGGAAAUCGAGCUCCCGGUACCGCUGUGCCACUUGCACCCGUUUUAUGCCCAUCUUAAAGCCAACUAUAAAUAAGUGCUGUUUUGCACGUGUUCACUUGUGCGGAGGCCUUUUUGUUCUGUUUAACGCCACGUAGGCUUUCGCGACCAGUGUUAUUCAUUGUUCUGUAAUGGGACGUAAUGACAUUUUGAAGACUAUAAUGAAACUAAAGGUUAUUUGUUGUGUAAGGUCACGGUGACACUGACCCGCGGCUGGAGUCCAAUACCGUAUCCAGCAUAUUGGAAGGUACCAGAAAGGCCAUGUCAUCUGAAUUCAAGGCGAUAUUUUCAGUGGAUGGGCAGAACUUGACUUGUUUGUUUUCCACUGCACGAAUUCUGAUGUUUGUGGAAGUUCUUUUCAAGCCUGGCAGAGCUUAUGGGAAGUAAAAAAACGGUUAGAAUUCUCCACACGUACAAUUGCCUCUGCCAGCAUGGAAUUCACUUCCCACCCCGCCAUCAUUGGAAAAUAAUCUUGAGAGGCAACAUCUGGUUUAAUUGCUGCCACUGUUCAAGGUCGAUAAAAAGAGGAAGGCCUUGAACUUCCCCCGAGCCUUCCUCGUUUCCUCUACCAAUGACUGUUUCGCUGUGUAAAAUAAGAUAAAUAAGACUCCCUUUCCCCUGCUAGUCCAAGUUGCGACGUUUUUCUUCUACAGAGUAUUGGGGUCCAUUUGCACUUACUACACUAUACUGUGUUAAUCCGAAUUGCAAUUGUGACAUUUAAUGGGAAAAUACACCGCUUUAUGUGAGCCGCUACACAUGUCUGCGUGUCUAAUCGGACACAAGCAUGUUGAGUAUAUAAUGUACAAUAUCAAUUUGGUUUUAUUAAAUUAUAUUUUUUAAUCAAGCAAAUUUACACGUACCUGUUUUGUAACUUACAUAUCUAUAAAUGAAAACUACUUAAAACAACCGAUGCCAUCGGUGAAUGGGGAAUAAUAAUAAUAUUAAUAAAGAAUCAGAACCGGUUGGUUGAGUUGGGCUGCUGCCUCAAUAAGAGGCAUUGCGACGUUGCCUGGUGCUUUGUGUUUUUUAUGCCAUCUCAUGCAGUCGGACUUCUCGGUUUGGUCGGUUGUUACUGUCUGCAUACAUUCUGGGUGUCUGCCACAUUGUUACGUGGUAAAUGAAUAGGACAAGACAAUCUUGUGGUUUGUUCCACAAAGAACAGGGGGCCUAUGGGCAAUAAGGGGUCAAGGGAACUCCGGCCGCGGUCAGACUCAUCGUGGAUUAAGUAAGUUGCCUAUUUCUUAACUAAACACUAAUCAAAUACAGUACAUUAUACAAUAACAUAAUCAAACAUAAACAUUAAGUGAACUUUACAUUUUUAUAUUGAGGGCAGAAGUCCAUGAUUAUGAUGAUGACAAUGAGACAAUGGGGGGGUGGGGCGUGGGGAGGAAUGGCUCAGCCCCACCCUCUUCCUCCGGGCCAUUAAUGACAUGUGAGUGGGCAGGUGAGGAAGCAGGCACAGUGGUGAUGUUGGCUGGAUCGGUGGUGCUGUUUCGGUUCAUUAAAAAAAAGUUAGGCUGGAUGGAUGCUGCAUUAUUUUGUCUUGUGUAACUGCAUCUGGAGCAGCUUCAGCGCGUGAAAACCCCAGUAAAUGGCAAAUGUCAACCGGUUGCGGGAGAAUCUUCCUGGCUUCGUGGAGGCCCUGAGGACGUGCGUCGAGCCUGUCCUCGAUGUCCUGCUGGCGAGGGGAGCGCUCGUGGAGGAUGACGUCCACCGCGUGCGCGCCGGGAGGGUUCCCGACGACAAGGCGCGAGAGCUCCUGGCGAGGCUACGUGGCAGGGGCGAGGAGAGCUGCGAAAUAUUCCUCCGAGUCAUGGACGGUCAGGAGUACGCUUCGCAGACCGCGCGGAGCCCCCAACGGCAGAGGCAUCGGGAGUGCCUGAAGAAAAGGCACAAGGUUGUGCAUGAAUACGGGGUGUCCGGGCAAAGCGGCAAGAUGGUCUGCUCUCAUUACGUGCCGACGACCAUCGUCGCCAGCAGAAAAGUGACGGACAGGCCCAGCAACGAGGUGCUGGACAACAUCGAGAGGUACCAGUCGCUCUCCAACGAGGACGGUUCCUUCACGCGCGUGCUGGAGAACGAGCGGAUAUUCCUGGACGUGGCGGGUCAGGCGCCCCGGCUUGUGCUCGUGCUGGGCAUCGCCGGGGUGGGGAAGUCCACGUUUCUCCAGAAGAUCAUAUGCGACUGGGCAGACGAGGUGGCCUUCCUGCAGUUUCACACCAUCUUGCAUUUCACCUUCAAGCUGCUGAAUCAGGAGGAGCUGGAACGAGAGAUGAGCUUGCACGACCUGGUCGUCAAACACUACAGCCACCUGAAGGAUGAGUUGGAGAAGAUGCUUAAGGACGAGCAGGAAGGUCUGCUCGUCAUCUUCGAUGGUCUGGACGAAAGCAAGCUCGACCUGAAUUUUGAGACGACUCCGAUAUGCACCGAUGUGCGUCGCCCCCAGAGUCUGCCCCACAUGCUCGUGAAUAUCCUUCGGGGAAGCCUGCUCGAAAAUGCGACGGUUAUGGUGACCUCCAGGCCAGCUGCUUGUGGGACAAUACCUGAAGACAAGGUGCAGCUUUUUGUUGAAAUUUUGGGGUUUUCAAACGAGCAGAGGAAAGAGUACUUUUUAAAACACUGCGGAGAAGAGGAAAAAGCUAAGAAUGUCCAACGAUAUAUCAACAUGAAUAAACCCCUUUUAUUGAUGUGUCACAUUCCAGCAUUUUGCUGGAUAGUCACUCACUCUUUGAAGGAUAUGCUGCCACAGGGACAAAGCGAUCCAAGCAAUGGCCCGCAGACCAUGACCGAAAUAUAUUCCACCUUCCUAAAACUCAUCAUCUCCUAUCACGGCACAGAGGACACACGGAGCGUUCGCGUCCUGUGCAGGGACCUGACGAAGUACCGUGAGUGGAUUCUCAAUUUGGGGAAGGUCAGCUUUCUUGGCAUGCUCUCUCAAAGCUACGAGUUUACCGACGAGUUCCUGCGAGCCAACGGCGUGGUGCUGUCCAACGUCCCCAGCAUGUUCCUGCGUGAAUUCCUGAAGCAGGAGAACAUGUCGUGCAGGCAGGUGUUCCACUUCACUCACCUCACGCUGCAGGAGUAUUUGGCCGCGCUCUACUUCGUCGUCGCGGUACUCCCGUCCUGCCGGCUAUAUUUCGGCGCGGAGUACGGCCCGGCGGCUAGGAUGGCAGCUCGGGGCAGGGCGUGGGUCAGCAGGCUCUUCAACCGGCAGAGGCACCUCCGGAGGCAGUUCUUGUGCGCCGUCAGGGCGUCGCAAGAACGCUCGGGCAAAGGCCGCCUCGACAUGUUCUGCCGCUUCGCAGCGGGACUCCUGUCGGAGCGAACGCAGCAGCUGCUGCCGGGCCUGUUGGGCGAGCGGAGCAGCCCCGAUGCAGCUGCUGUGGCGGCCAAACUGGAAGUGAUGGUGACCCACGGCGAGCUCCCGCCGGAGCAGUCGAUCAACGUCCUGUACUGCCUGCAGGAACUGCGCAUCACCAGCAUUGUGGAGCCGGUGAAGUUGCUGCUGCACGGAAGGGGGAAGGUCGAAACGUUGCGCCCGUGUGACUACACGGCACUAGCCUUUCUGCUGCAGCUGGAGCUGACGACGUCCUCCCGGCAAGAACUGCCACUCUGGCUCGAGGGUUGCGACCUGAACCACGAAGGCCUCCGACGCCUCCUCCCCAUCCUUCCGCUCUACUCCAAGAUGUGCUUCAGCAACAACAAACUGGGGGAGAAGGGAGCAGAGGUGAUUGCUGAAGCCCUGCGCAGCGAGGAUUGUCGGAUAAAGGCUCUCUACAUUACUCACAACAAUGUCGGUGCCGAGGGAGCCAGACAUGUGGCAGAGGCCCUGAUGGUGAACACGAGCUUGGAUGACCUCAGGUUCGCCUGCAACAAAAUCGGUGCGGAGGGAGCGCGCUACAUCGGAGAGAUGCUGAAGGUCAACACAACUUUAACCAACUUGAGGUUGAGAGACAAUCAUAUGUGCGACGAGGGAGGAAGAUAUAUCGUCGAAGGUCUUCGGCUCAACAGAGGAAUGAAGGAGAUCUGGCUGUAUGAUAACAACUUCACUAAAACAACCAAAGAUAUGCUGAAAGUCUUGAAGGAGGAGAAGGCCGACCUAGAGAUCUACUUCGAAGGAUCUUGAAAAUGAGCGUUUUAUCAUCAUCAUCAUCGGCCAUUUCCACUCCGUUGCUGCAUAAAGAGAGGUGUGCAGUUCAGUUAACGUCGACAGAGGCGAUUGAUUUUAUGAAGCUCAACAUUGAUCGUACCUUCACAGAUACGUCGGUGAGCAGCUUUGCGAUGAGUGAUUACACUGAAGACUCGAGAAGAGUACGUGUAGAAUUAGUUGCACCCUCUGGGGUUUCUUCAAUAUGACUCUUGAUCUACACCAGAUGGUGCAGUGGCUGGAACGAUGUGACCCACAACUCAAAGAAUACUGGGUUUCAAUCCAAGCCAAGGUGGUCGCUUAUUUCCUCAGGUAAUGCGUAAAGCACUGUAUCCUUUUGGAAUGGUCAUGGUCAGCAGUACAUCACUAAAUGCUGGAAGAUAUUUGUCAAGGCAUAUCUACACCAGGUGGCAUGCCUCGUGAAGUCUCUUCAUCCAGUACUGCCGUUGUCCACCCAAAAUGUAAAAGUAUACACCGCAGUAUAUUGUCGACCACUCGUCGUGGUGGAGUACUGUGGGUACCUGACGUUUUAAUACCUGUUUGGCCGGUAUUCAAAUGAUAAAAAGUGGAAUUUGGAGGCCAUCCAUCUGUUUAGGCACUUUUCAAGUGUCAAAGUUAAUUUCGUUUAGCCAGAUGAGAACUCAUUUGCAAGAGUGUUACAGUCGCCAAAAUGACAAGCAAAACAAGAAAUCCAAACCGAAAACAACCAUCACAUGAGAAAUCAAACAUAUUGCACGAACAUGACUCACUGUUAAAUCAAAGUUACAUAUAAAAUUCCCUUUAGUGCAAAUCGGCUCGGGCAAAUCAUUUUAGACUGAUAGUAGAAACACAAAAUGAAGUUACAGGUGACUGUGGCACUAAUAUGUGAAUAGACAAGGAUAUGAAAUGCCAUUCCGAGUGAAGUUAUCAACAUGUGUGGCAUUGUGAGCGGGGCAGACCUUUUACAGAACAAUGGGGUCAAGAGGUCACCACAGGCGUUGAAGCCAUCACCCCUCACCAUUGCUGCCUUGUGCUAGAUCGCACGACCGUUGCCUCGUGUGAAGCACUCCAGUGCCUUUUUGCUAUGAUAGAAAUCUCGUCUUAACGGCCAUGGCUUUCUGUUACUACUGCGGGGUGACCCCAAGUGAAUUGCGGUUUGACCUUUUUCAAGUCGGUGUUUAGUUUUCUUUCGUCUCACGCAAUAAUUCCAAGUUCAGCAUUGUAAUUUGAAUGUCAUAUCUGUACUAUAUAUUUGGUGUGUACAGGGUAGACUUAAAAACAAAUUAUGGAAACAAAAAAAUCUGUACAAAUAUAAUCGCAGCUCCUCCUCGUGGGCAACUGGCAUGGCAAGUUGCAAUCGGAUCAGAUGCAGAGAUCACGUGACGAGUCGAUGUCUCGCCCUCUUUAAAAAAGAUGUGGUGGCUUUUAAGUCUAGAUGCGAGGCAAUAGUUUGGCUUGUUAAUAUUUUUUUACGUGUGCGACGGUAUGGAGAUGGUGGUGUGGUGACGUGGAGUUAUGGUGUGGUGAGUUGGUCUGAUGGGCCAUGAUGGGCCGCUUGAGUCAUGUGAACUGCAGAUGAUCUCACUCUAUAGACCAGUCAUU